CACAGAGUCAUUCAUCCACAUCCAGAGACAGAGGGAGCAACGACAGAAGGAGUUUGAAGAGUCCGAGGUCAGCAAACGAAAGCCUGCAGCUUCUGAGUCUGGAUGACAGUUCAGAGGAAGGAGCCUCAGAUCCCAUCGUAACCAGAGGAGCUUACCUGUCUCUGAUUUACCUGCGUCAUCUCAAACUCAGAGAACUCCAGCGUGCGUCUCUUGGGAUGCUGAACUACCUGCGCUCUGUGGAGAGGACUUUAACCUUUGACCUGGCAGGUCUGCAGCUGGAGGAAGGAGAGCUGUGCAGGACAGCGGAGGAAACAGGCUGGAUGAAUGCAGCCAGAGGAGGAAGAGGAGAGGCAGGAGGUCUGAGCUCACUCCAGCAUGCUCACAACACCCCUGUCGACUAUAAGGUUUGUUGCUCAGAUUUUAUGGAGUUUGCUGAGGUGGAGAAUCUUCAUGAUUUCUACAGCGCUGAGGAAGGUUUCGUCCACACUCAGGACCAGAGAGGGUUUUACAUCGUGUACGACGCUGCUCUGAAGGACCUGGACAAACUGGAGAGUGAGCUUCUUCUAGUCGGCUCACACUUCAUCCAGAGAAACAGGACCGAGAAAAUGGGAAAAGCUGAGGAAGCCUUCACCUCAACCUCAACAGCAGCUGUCCACUCCUGGGCUGGGGUGGACGUCGACAGAGUUGCGGUGCUUCUCGACUUGUGGACAUGUGAGACAGAGUUUCUGGAGAACAAAGUACAGCUCUUAAACUGUUACUAUGAAGUCUACCAGCAUGCAGCAGGGACAGAGGAGAGAUUUGCACUGGCACGAGUUAUCACUGACAUCAUGCACGGUAGGCCACGGCUGGACCUGGACCAGGAUUACUUUGUUCAGGCCUACAGGGCUGAGAUAGACUGCCUGAGAAGUCACCAGCAGCUGAUCAAGAACAUUCUGGAUAAUCAGAUUGAAAAACAGCGACAGUACCUGCAACGUAUCUGGAGAGACGAUCAUAAAGGCUCCACUCAUGACUAUGGUCUUCCUCUGAACUACAUUCCCAAACAUGUGGUCUCACUUGGAGGCAGCAGCCCUGCACUGAUGAAUGUAUUCCUCCUGGAGGUUCACCCGUCUCUCUGCCUGGCCUCUGCAGUGUAUCACAGUUUAAUCCAGGCUCACACAGAGCUCUGUCAGCUGCACAGAGCCACGAGUGUCUUUGACAAACUCGUCCUGCAGCAGAAACUCCUGCAGCAGGCCCUGCAGAGCUGGAACAACCUGGCUUCACCUGGGGCCUCCUACAGCUCUCAGAUACAGAAGGAUGACCCAGUUUUGGUCCAAAAGGUGGGGCUGUCAUUAGUAAACUUUACAGAGGAGAAGGACAUGAAGCAGGGAAGAAAGAAACAGUUGUAUGCAGUGGAAACUUUCUCCAAACUGCUGGAGCUCGUCACCAUCCGCCAUCGCCUGCUGGAGUCAGCCUCUGAGACGGCACAUCUGACAGAGUUGUACAGAAAUGUGGCCUCAGAGCUCGGCUUCGAUGAGUUCCACCUGUAUCUGAGGCCGGUGCAGUUUGAAGUUGCUGAGCAGAAAGACCAAACAGACCAGAGGCCUGUUUUUAUCACAGCGAUACUGGAGGAUGACACUUCUGUGGACAGGUUCACGCCAUCCCACCUGCCUCUGAGCAUCCAGGAACUGGACGAGAGCCAGAUCGGGAGGUUUAGCUUCAGCUCAGAGGAGGCAGUUAUUCAUGUAUGUUGA